AUGGCUAAGUCAACAUCAUUUCCUGAAUUUAAUUAUGUUUCACAAUUUGAUCCGAAGUAUUGUUCUACAUGUCAUUCAGAAAAGCCCGCUGAUUUUUUCGAAAGUGGUAAUAAAACUUGUUCGUUAUGUUUAAGUCGGUUAAAUGAAAGACAUAAAAGAAAGCGUGAAGAACAAGAUAUGGAUAAUGUUAAUAAUAUGCAGGAGAAGGCUGUUGAGCUAGAAAAAAUUGAAGAUGUUGUUUAUCAAGAAUCAGUGGACGUUGAAGAAGAUGGGAAAGUGGAUUUAGAAUUGUUGUAA